AUGGCGACGCGCUGCCCCGCUGGCGCUUCCGGGUGCGUCGCGUCCUGGUGGCGUCACCGGCCGCCGCCGCGCGGCCACUCCCAACAUGGCCGCUCCCCGUGCCUGCCGCGGCGCGCGGCGCGCGGCGAUGACGCCACUUCCGGCAGUUCGAACCGCCAUGGCGGGAGCUGGUGGCGGGCGGCGCUCGGCGGGGGCGACCCCGAGGGUGACUCGGAGCAGCUCCCUGCGCUCGGUGGUCUCGGAACCGCGGGGGGGCCGGAGCCCCCGGGACCCCCGGAACCCCCGGGACCGCAGCCUCGACUUUGAGCGACCCCGACGGAGCCCCCGGAUCCCCCCCCUCGGCCUUCCCGGCAUCGGCCCCGCCCCCCCCGAGCGCAGGAGGAAGAGGAAGGUGACGCCCAUCGACGUGUCGGAGCUGGAGGCCUGGGCCGCCUCCAUGAACGCGCUCUUUGAGGAGGCCGAGCGUUUCCACCUGGUCGUGGAGUGACCCCAGACCCCCAGAGACCCCCAGAGACCCUCAAGAGCUCAAGAGACCCCCAGGAGAUCCCCGGGAGAGCCCCCCAAGACACCUGGAGACCCCUGGAAAGCCCCAAGAGCUCAGGAGACACCUGGAGACCCUCAUGGGACCCCCGCCCCCCCCCCAGUGUGUGAGACCCCCCCCCCCAAGUGUGGGACUCUUCCCACAUGUGAGGUGAGACCCCCCCCGGAUUUUUCGGACCCUCUCGCGUACGCCCCCCGCCCCCGUUUGUUGUUUUUUCGUCAAUAAAUUCGGUG